AUGAAGAGAAAACAGAAGAGGUUUCUGCAAAUGACGUUGUUGUUCGUGGUGACUCUAAUUUUUCUGCCAAACAUUGGACUCUGGUCUCUGUACAGGGAGAAACACCUGGUGAAAUCCUCCGUGCUAGGGGAGCAGCAGACAUUCCCAAUGGGGCUUGGAGAUGGACAACUGUAUACCUGGACAGAUGGCUUGAAAAGAAAGGACUGGCAUGACUAUGAAAGUAUGCAAAAAGAUGCCAUGCGUUCAGGGAAAGGUGAACAGGGUAAACCAUACCCUCUUACAGAAGAAGACAACGAUGAGUCUGCUUAUCGAGAAAAUGGUUUUAAUAUUUUCGUGAGCAAUAACAUUGCCUUGGAGCGAUCACUGCCAGACAUUCGACAUCCUAACUGUAAGCACAAGGUAUACUUGGAGAAGCUUCCAAACACUAGCAUAAUUAUUCCAUUUCAUAAUGAGGGCUGGACGUCACUCCUGAGGACCAUACACAGCAUUAUCAAUAGGACACCAAAUAGCCUGAUAGCGGAAAUCAUUCUUGUGGAUGACUUCAGUGAUAGAGAACACUUGAAAGAGAAGCUGGAGGAAUAUAUGGCCCGUUUUGUCAAAGUGAGAAUUGUGCGCACCAAGAAACGAGAAGGACUCAUUCGCACCAGGCUACUUGGAGCUUCCAUAGCUAAAGGAGAAGUCUUGACCUUUCUGGAUUCCCAUUGCGAAGUUAAUGUGAACUGGCUACCUCCUUUACUUAACCAGAUUGCGCUAAACCAUAAAACCAUUGUGUGUCCCAUGAUCGAUGUCAUUGACCACAAUCACUUUGGCUAUGAGGCACAAGCGGGGGAUGCCAUGCGUGGAGCCUUCGACUGGGAGAUGUACUACAAAAGAAUACCAAUUCCGCCUGAGCUCCAGAGGACUGAUCCCAGUGACCCCUUUGAGUCACCUGUUAUGGCUGGAGGCCUGUUUGCAGUUAACAGAAAGUGGUUUUGGGAUCUCGGUGGCUAUGAUCCAGGAUUAGAAAUCUGGGGAGGGGAACAGUAUGAGAUAUCAUUCAAGGUCUGGAUGUGUGGAGGUGGCAUGUUUGAUGUUCCCUGUUCCAGAGUGGGGCACAUCUAUAGGAAAUAUGUCCCUUACAAAGUUCCAUCUGGCACCAGUCUAGCAAGAAAUCUGAAGCGUGUGGCAGAAACAUGGAUGGAUGAGUUCGCAGAGUACGUUUACCAGAGGCGGCCUGAGUACAGGCAUCUUUCCACCGGUGAUAUCUCAGCCCAGAAGGAACUUCGCAAGCACCUUAAGUGCAAGGACUUCAAGUGGUUCAUGGCUGCAGUGGCUUGGGAUGUCCCUAAAUAUUUCCCUCCAGUGGAGCCCCCACCUGCUUCAUGGGGAGAGAUUCGAAACGUGGCAGCAAACCUCUGCGUAGAUAGCAAGCAUGGAGGCACAGGCACUGAGCUCCGGCUGGAUAUAUGUGUGAAAGAUGGCUCUGAACGGACAUGGUCACAUGAACAGCUCUUCACCUUUGGUUGGAGAGAAGACAUUCGUCCAGGAGAGCCUCUUCACACCAGAAAAUUCUGCUUUGAUGCUGUUUCGCACAGUAGCCCUGUCACACUUUAUGACUGCCAUGGCAUGAAGGGCAACCAGCACUGGAGUUAUAGGAAGGACAAAACUUUGUUCCAUCCGGUGAGCAGCAGCUGCAUUGAUUGCAACCCAGCAGAGAAGAAGAUUUUCAUGAACAGAUGUGAUCCUUUAUCUGAAACUCAACAGUGGAUUUUUGAGCAUAUUAAUAUGACUGUUUUAGAAAAAAAUAACAGCAAAAAAACCAUCUCUUAG